CGCCCCCAGCCCCCGCGCGCUCCCCCGCCCGGCCUCCUCUCCCUGGGGGCGGCCCUGCGCGCUGGCCGUGGCGUCACUUCCGGCCAAGUCGGAGCGCGAAAAAAGGUCCUUGGUUAUUUGAGCUUCGAGACCCGUCUGAGUGGGAGUUGUUCGUUGUCUGCUCUUUUCUCCUCCUCCUACAAGGAAAUAGAAGCCCAAGCUAGGAUUCAGAGAGGUUAAGUAAUUGGUUUGAGUUGGCUGGAAGAGAGGGAGAACUUAAAAGAGCCCUGCAGACAAAAUCAGAUCCUAUAGGCUGAUGUUAUAUAUACUUUAUGAUUUUUAUACCAGAAAUGUAUUCAUAUCAAAUGACUGAAGACAGAUGGAGAGCUUUUCUUAUAUGGGAUUGAAAUCUGCAUGUGUCUACCAAGCUCCCAGGAGAUGCCAGUGCUGCUGGUCUGAGGACCAUACUUUGAGGACUCAGGGGCACUAUUUCCUGCCUUCAGAGGGAAACAGUGUAUAGCAGAGACAAAGGAAUCUUUUCCUGAGUUCUGAGUUUCAAAAGUUUAGGUCUUUGGGGGAAAAGGGAAGAACUUAGGAAAAAAUGUAAAGAUUGGAGAGAAGUCAUGAUACCAUUGGACUGGAUUGCAAAGAAAAUCAGUGUCCCUAAGAAGAACCCUUCUCCCUCCUACCCUCCCCCCACCCCCUGGUUGGGAGAAGCAGAACUCCAAGAGAAAUGUGGGGAAUCUGUGGGGAGUUAUAAGAUUCAUUCAUGCCAGUUAGGUGGGAAUUUAUAAAGGAAAUUAAUUAGCCUUACAUCUUACACAUGUAAGAUGUGUUUCAUAAGUUUUUUUUUUUAAACUAUGUUAAUGAUUUGUUCCGUGCUUACUCUGUUCUAGGUAGGGGCCAGCCAACAGUUUUAUGUAUUUUAUUAUUUCAUCCUCACAACAACCCCAUGAGCCAUGGGGUAGCUACUUCUAUUAUCCACAUUUUCAGCAGAGGUUCAGUGAGGUAAGGGGUGUCCUGCCUAUCCCAUGGUUAAUAAGUAGAGGACCCAGGAUUUCCGAUGAGAUUUUUGUGGGGAUUAAAUGAAUUGAUAUUUGUAUCUGUGAGCCAACUGUGCCUGGCCCAUAGUAAAUAUUAUAUAAAUGUUAGCAAUUAUUGUUACGAUUCCUUGAUUUUAGAUUUUAGAAGAUCCUCUCCCAGUUCUUUCUCUUCUACUGACAGAGCUAGAGUUUUCACCUCUUUCUACCCCUUCUGCCAAAAGACCUGAGACCUGUGUUCACUGCUUCUCUAGCAGAGCCAAGAGACUGGUGGAGAAAACUUCUGUAUUCAACAUGAUGUGUAGGAAGUAAGAAGACAGGAGAAGCAGCUUUUCAGAAUAUGGAGAGAAUUUGUGACACCAGUAGGGUGAAAAGAGGACUGUAGGUAUUGUUGGAGAGAAGGGAGAGAGCACGGAAUGUCAGAGCCCUGUACUUGGCCUCCUUUCUCCAGAUGCCCCAGCUAGCAAAGAGGCCUACCCCCUCUAAGUACAGCCAUCCCUUGGUACCCCCUGGGGAUUGGUUCCAGGACCCCUACGGAUGCCAAAAAUCCACUGAUGCUCAAGUCCCUUAUAUAAAAUGGCAUUGUAUUUGCAUGUAACCUAUGCAUAACCUCCUAUGUAAUUUAAAUAAUCUCUAGGUCACUUACAAUAUCUAAUACAAUGUAAAUGCUAUACAAGAAGUUUCUGGUAUGCAGCAAAUUCAAGUUUUGCUUUUUCGAACUUUCUGGAAUGUGUUUUCCCAAAUAUUUUCUAUCCAUGGCUGGUUGAAUCUGUGCAUGUGGAACCCUCAGAUAUGGAGGUCUGACUGUAGUGCAAAGGAAUGAGGUAGUUGCAUUGGAGGCUCAGUGACCAAUCCCGUAUCCUUCACUCCCUUGUCCUCUACAAUUGGCACUUUUCACUUGAACCAUUGAAUAAAGAACUGCUGAAACUAUCCUUAGGGUCUAGUGGUUGUAUGCAGUUGACCCUUGAACAAUAUGGGUUUGAACUUUGCAGGUCCUCUUAUAGGUGGAUUUUUUUUCAAUAGUAAAUGCUACAGUACUAUUCCUUCUGAGGUUGGUUGAAUCCUCGGAUGUGGAACUGGGGAUAUGUAGGCACUGUGGAUAAUGGAGUUACAUAAGUCAUACUUGGAUAAUGCAGUGCCCCUCAGCCCUGUGUUGUUCAAGGGACAGCUAUAUUUUGCUUGAGCACAGGUGGAAGAGGAGGUAACUGGAGCAUGGGAGGUGGUAGGUCCUUUCUAUAUGGUCACUGGCAGACUAUCAAGCAUCAAGAGCAGGCACUUAAAGUCAACAACAGGCCAGAACAAUGAGGAAGAGCUUUUCAUUUUAUAUUCUUCACCUGGAUAACUGAAUACCGGUGUACCUGAUAGACACAUACAGACAGAUUUGCAUGAACUAAUGAAUUCUACUUUUUGCGUAAGCCAGUUUGAGUUAGGUUUCUGUCAUAUCUAGCCACAAAGAAUCCUGAUUGGUCAUGCCACAGAAUUUGAGAAAUUAAUUUUUUUUUUCUGCUAAAUACAAGGAACCUAAGGAACUGAAGAAGUAGUGGAUUUCACUUCCCUGAUUUUAACGGGCAAAGGCUCAGGCGGUAUUCUGGAUGGACUAAUUAAAAAUGAGAAGAUGAAUCAGGAUUUUGACACCGAGUCAUUCAUGGAGGGUAUUAGUAUUUACACAUAUCUAAAACUCUGAAUGUAAAGGUUGAAUUGGAACUGAGGGUCAAAACUUCUUUUGUUUACCCUCAUGGAAGUCUGCCUCUAAAGAGAGAGAAUGUGCUGAUCCUAUUGGCAUCAUGCAUUUCUAGUUAUAUGGCAAUUUAAAAAACUGUAUAACUAAGUGGGCAUUUGGUUUUUAAUGCUUCAGUCUUUGAAUUCAUUAAUAUGAGUCUACCCUUGGGAGAUGGCAGUAUACCAGUUACUUAGCUAUUGUCAUUUCACUCCACAUUUAACCUAUUUCUAGUCUGCCCUGUGAUGAUGUAGCUGGGGCUUUGCAAACUACAUUUCCCAGAACCCUUUGCCUGCCAGCUUCCUUGAGUAGCAGGCCUUUCAAAGAAAUUGGAAGUUAGGAGGAGGAGAGAAGGGAUUAUCAUCCUGUGGGCUUGCUAUUCCCAUUAACAAGGCACCUACAUGGGCAUUUCAUUCCAGGCUCCAGCUUCUUUGGGUAUUUUGCUCCUUUGUCUGCUUAGAGAUACCUGGAGCAGCCAGGUCUCCCUCCUCUGAGAUUCUAGGCUCUGAUAAUCUAAACUCUCCUUUGUAUUUCCCUAGCCUAAGGGGUGGUAGCUAUACUUAUUAUCUCUGGGUUACCUCAGUGUUUCAGUGUUUUUGCCCUUUCAGCCCACCAACACCUGUGUAACCAAUUCCUUAUAUAAUAUUGAAUUCCCUCUUGAAAUUUUACUUUGGUGUCUGUUUUCCUAACUAGAUCCCAACAUGUAGUAAUAGAAAUGGUCCCAGGAAACAUAUCCUAAAAGGUGGAAUUCUGGAGCUGGUUCAAUUAUGUUCUUGGCCUUGAAUUACUUCUUAAUGCCUUGGCAAUAGAAAAUGAGUUGUUAAUAGUCCACGACAUGCACUAGUAUCAUGAUUAAUUAAAUGAUCUCUUGUGGUUGACUAUGAAGAAGUGUUUGCUGAAGCAAACAUCUUGGAUACCAAGUGGCUGUCAUACAUAUCUUUUUGGCUGUAGUGAAAACUAUGAAAUCUAGAAGGUAGGGUAACUCCUUGAUUGAACUGAUGAGCUUACUGAGAGAAAAUGAUAAAUUCAGACCUUUUAACUCUCAACUAGACACUGUUGGAGAUUCAGAGAGUUUCUAUAGCCACCCUAGAACAGCCUUUUACUUUCUGUAGCCACGAAGCUGACUUUGCUGACGAUCAGGCCAUAAUUUAAUUGGUUGCAGAAUUACAAUAAAAGCUGGAUUUAUAAAGUGCCAAUCUGUUACUUGAAAGCUAAGACAUUGAUUGGGAAGGAGUGGGACCUGGAGUGGGGUACCUGUAUGAAUUCAGAUGGAGCAGAGAGUCUGGAACCCCUGAGUUUUUCUGAGCCUCCCUUGCCUCCUGCUGUAACUGAGGAAACUGGCUUUCCCUUAUUCCAAGGUCCUGUAAUAACCUCACCUAAGUUGGUUGCAGUAACAAAGGAGGCCUAGCCUUGUCAAGACCCACCAGCACCAUCUCUGAUGACCUCAAGUCAGAACAAGUACAGGGUAUGAGUACAAGGAGAGUGUAGCUGUUACUGAACUCAGGUCUGGCUGCUUGCUGCUUGAAAAUCAAUACCCAAGAGAGAGGCAAAUGUUGGUAGAAAGGAAAGUUGCUUUUAAUCAGAAUGCUGACAAUCCGAGGAGAUGGUGGACUCAGUGUCCCCCAAAAGCCAUCUCCGAAGAUUCUGUUCAGCCAUGAAAGCUAUUAAAGAGAAAAAGGGAAGUAACCUCAGUUAAUCAUUGAGGUAGGGGGUCAGAGUCAUCGCCAUCUCCCACCGCGUGCAGGCUUGCGUGCAGGCUUGCGUGCAGGCUUGCGUGCAGCCUUGUCGACUACUUGUGAUCUUUAGAUGCUAUCUUGUUCACACAGUUUAUUCACGAGAUUACCGAAGGGGAAGCUAGGGAAGAGACCUGGUCAUCUGUUAAUUACUUAUUCUUCAUUUCUACUUCUUUGAUCUAUGGAAAGACCAACAAGUUAGGCAAAGUAUUGUGUGAUCAAAAGGUUUGAAAGGGGGCUUCCCUGGUGGCGCAGCGGUUGAGAGUCCAUCUGCCGAUGCAGGGGACGCGGGUUCGUGCCCGGGUCCGGGAAGAUCCCACGUGCCGCGGAGCGGCUGGGCCCGUGAGCCAUGGCCGCUGAGCCUGCGCGUCCGGAGCCUGUGCUCCGCAACGGGAGAGGCCACAACAGUGAGAGGCCCGCGUACCACAAAAAAAAAAAAAAGAUUUGAAAGGUGUGCUAGGGCCGGAGGUGAGUAGAGCAUGGGGGCGCCUGGUUUAAGGUUAGUGACAAGACCAAGGGGCCUCCUGCAGAGAGCUCUUUCCUGUAAAGGGCACUUUCCUGCCAAAAGCUGCUUACAUAGCUAUGCUCAAAAUAAUUGCAAAAUUUGCUAUUAUAUACUGGCAGAAACUUGGUGAAUUUAUGUGGGAAUGGAUUUUCUGGUUGUUAGAUUGAGAUAGAUGGACUAUAACAUUGGAUUAGGCUAAGUAUAUUUAUUUUUUAUUUUAUUUUUUAUCUUUAAGUAGGUUUUUUUUUUUUUACAUCUUUAUUGGAGUAUAAUUGCUUUACAAUGGUGUGUUAGUUUCUGCUUUGUAACAAAGUGAAUCAGUUAUACAUAUGUUCGCAUAUCUCUUCCCUCUUGCAUCUCCCUCCCUCCCACCCCCUCUAUCCCACCCCUCCAGGCGGUCACAAAGCACCGAGCUGAUCUCCCUGUGCUAUGCGGCUGCUGCCCACUAGCUAUCUACCUUACGUUUGGUAGUGUAUAUAUGUCCAUGCCUCUCUCUCGCUUUGUCACAGCUUACCCUUCCCGCUCCCCAUAUCCUCACGUCCAUUCUCUAGUAGGUCUAUGUCUUUAUUCCUGUCUUACCCCUAGGUUCUUCAUGACAUUUUUUUUCUUAAAUUCCAUAUAUAUAUGUGUUAGCGUACGGUAUUUGUCUUUCUCUUUCUGACUUACUGCACUCUGUAUGACAAACUCUAGGUCUAUCCACCUCAUUACAAAUAGCUCAAUUUCGUUUUCUUUUAUGGCUGAGUAAUAUUCCAUUGUAUAUAUGUGCCACAUCUUCUUUAUCCAUUCAUCCGAUGAUGGACGCUUAGGUUGUUUCCAUCUCCGGGCUAUUGUAAAUAGAGGUGCAAUGAACAUUUUGGUACAUGACUCUUUUUGAAUUAUGGUUUUCUCAGGGUAUAUGCCCAGUAGUGGGAUUGCUGGGUCAUAUGGUAGUUCUAUUUGUAGUUUUUUAAGGAACCUCCGUACUGUUCUCCACAGUGGCUGUAUCAAUUUACAUUCCCACCAGCAGUGCAAGAGUGUUCCCUUUUCUCCCCACCCUCUCCAGCAUUUAUUGUUUCUAGAUUUUUUGAUGAUGGCCAUUCUGACUGGUGUGAGAUGAUAUCUCAUUGUAGUUUUGCUUUGCAUUUCUCUAAUGAUUAGUGAUGUUGAGCAUUCUUUCAUGUGUUUGUUGGCAAUCUGUAUAUCUUCUUUGGAGAAAUGUCUAUUUAGGUCUUCUGCCCAUUUUUGGAUUGGGUUGUUUGUUUUUUUGUUAUUGAGCUGCAUGAGCUGCUUAUAAAUUUUGGAGAUUAAUCCUUUGUCAGUUGCUUCAUUUGCAAAUAUUUUCUCCCAUUCUGAGGGUUGUCUUUUUGUCUUGUUUAUGGUUUCCUUUGCUGUGCAAAAGCUUUGAAGUUUCAUUAGGUCCCAUUUGUUUAUUUUUGUUUUUAUUUCCAUUUCUCUAGGAGGUGGGUCAAAAAGGAUCUUGCUGUGAUUUAUGUCAUAGAAUGUUCUGCCUAUGUUUUCCUCUAAGAGUUUGAUAGUUUCUGGCUUACAUUUAGCUCUCUAAUCCAUUUUGAGUUUUUUUUUUGUGUAUGGUGUUAGGGAGUGUUCUAAUUUCAUACUUUUACAUGUACCUGUCCAGUUUUCCCAGCACCACUUAUUGAAGAGGCUGUUCUUUCUCCACUGUACAUUCCUGCCUCCUUUAUCAAAGAUAAGUUGACCAUAUGUGCGUGGGUUUAUCUCUGGGCUUUCUAUCCUGUUCCAUUGAUCUAUCUUUCUGUUUUUGUGCCAGUACCAUACUGUCUUGAUUACUGUAGCUUUGUAGUAUAGUCUGAAGUCAGGGAUAGGCUAAGUUUAUUGAUAUGAAUUCACAGGGAGUCUGGAUUUAAUGCAUUGGUUCAAGCAACUGGAAGUGGCUGUAACAGUUUGCUUGGUUGAUUGAAUGAAACUUGGACUCAGUGGUUGUCUACAUUCGUUGAGGUUGAGAUGCCAGAAUUUCCAAGCCUAAUGUUAAGGAAGAAAUUCAAAGUUUUAGGGAGGUGGGAACUUUGGAGUGGAUUAAUCAUAUGCAGUCUUAUACUGCCCUGCUUCCUCCACUGUAAUGUUAGAGAAAGCCCAGCGAUUACUCCCUUCACUAAGGCAUUAAGAAAUAUAUUAGUGAGAGAAGCUCCAACAUCUAUAAAAAUAGCUGUGUGACUGUGAUGGCUGUUCUCUGGAGGCUAGGGAUGAGGGAUUCAGAAUGCUUUGACACACUUUACACAGGAAAACACUCAGGGCCCCCCCAAAUUUAAGUUUGUUGGGAGUAGAUGUAGAACAAGAGCCCGUGUAUAUUGAUUUCCGGUCUGAGACUUCUUUAUUAAACUUCAUUUAGGCCAAAAUUCAUCGCAUGGUUUUGGUGUGUACUUCAAGGCACAAGACCACUUUGAUUUUACACAUUUAUAUCCAUGCAUACUUGUUUUCUCUCUCACAUUUGACCCAUGGGUAGAAAAUCAAGAGACAAUCCCAUAACAUGCAAACACAAAAAUUGCAGUCCAUUACAGUAACUCUGCUGCAUGCACGUUUAUGCUGCUUUCAAACUCCAAAGGCAGAGUUGAGCAGUUGCAACAGAAACCUUAUGACCUGCAAAGCCUAAAAUGUUUACUCUCUGGCCCUUUAUGGAAAAAGUUUGCCCACCCCUGCUCCAAAAAUGAAAACAUUGCAGAUAAAGCUUAAGUUCUUCAUGAUCACCCUUCUUUUUGUCAAUCUAAAUUCAAUAAUAUUAUGUUUUCAUGUUGGUAGAUUACUUGUAGAUUUAAAUAAUCUAUGAUUUCUCUGUCAUUAGGAAAGAUGGGGCAAAGUUCUCAGAAGACAGAGCAGAAUGACUGUCUCCUAAAGAAAGGAAGAUUACCACUUUGAAUAUACAGAAUGUGAUAGCAGUGGCUCCAGAUGGAGAGUUGCCAUUCCGAAUUCUGCAGUGGACUGCUCUGGCCUGCCUGACCCAGUGAGAGGCAAAGAAUGCACUUUCUCCUGUGCUUCUGGGGAGUAUCUAGAAAUGAAGAAUCAGGUAUGCAGUAAGUGUGGUGAAGGCACCUACUCCUUGGGCAGUGGCAUCAAAUUUGAUGAAUGGGAUGAAUUGCCGGCAGGAUUUUCCAACGUUGCAACAUUCAUGGACACUGUGGUCGGCCCUUCUGACAGCAGGCCAGAUGGCUGUAACAACUCUUCCUGGGUCCCUCGUGGAAAUUACAUAGAGUCUAAUCGUGAUGACUGCACGGUAUCCUUGAUCUACGCUGUGCACCUCAAGAAGUCGGGCUAUGUUUUCUUUGAGUACCAGUAUGUGGACAACAACAUCUUCUUUGAGUUCUUUAUUCAAAAUGAUCAGUGCCAGGAGAUGGACACCACUGCUGACAAGUGGGUAAAACUCACCGACAGUGGAGUGUGGGGCUCUCAUUCUGUAAUGUUGAAAUCAGGCACAAACAUACUGUACUGGAGAACUACAGGCAUCCUUAUGGGUUCCAAGGCCGUCAAGCCAGUGUUGGUAAAAAAUAUCACAAUUGAAGGGGUGGCGUACACAUCGGAAUGCUUUCCAUGCAAGCCUGGCACCUUCAGCGACGAACCAGGUUCAUUCAUCUGCCAAGUGUGUCCCAGAAACACCUAUUCUGAGAAAGGAGCCAAAGAAUGCAUCAGGUGUGACGUGGACUCCCAGUUUUCAGAAGAAGGAUCCAGCAAGUGUAAGGAGCGUCCUCCCUGUACCACAAAAGACUAUUUCCAGAUCCACACUCCAUGUGAUGAGGAAGGAAAGACACAGAUAAUGUACAAGUGGAUAGAGCCCAAGAUCUGCCGGGAGGAUCUCACAGAUGCUAUUAGGUUGCCCCCUUCUGGAGAGAAGAAGGAUUGUCCACCUUGCAACCCUGGAUUUUAUAACAAUGGAUCUUCUUCUUGCCAUCCCUGCCCUCCUGGAACGUUUUCGGAUGGAACAAAGGAAUGUAGACCAUGUCCAGCAGGAACAGAGCCUGCACUUGGGUUUGAAUAUAAAUGGUGGAAUGUCCUUCCUGGCAACAUGAAAACCUCCUGCUUCAAUGUCGGGAAUUCAAAGUGUGACGGAAUGAAUGGUUGGGAGGUGGCUGGAGAUCAUAUCCAGAGUGGGGCUGGAGGUUCCGAUAAUGAUUACCUGAUCUUAAACUUGCAUAUCCCAGGAUUUAAACCACCGACAUCGAUGACGGGAGCCAUGGGCUCUGAACUGGGAAGAAUAACCUUUGUGUUUGAGACCCUCUGUUCAGCCGACUGUAUUCUGUACUUCAUGGUGGAUAUUAAUAGAAAAAGUACCAACGUGGUCGAAUCAUGGGGUGGAACCAAAGAAAAACAAGCUUACACCCAUGUCAUCUUCAAGAAUGCCACAUUUACAUUUACGUGGGCCUUUCAGAGGACCAAUCAGGGUCAAGAUAAUAGACGGUUCAUCAAUGACAUGGUGAAGAUUUAUUCUAUCACUGCCGCUAAUGCAGUUGAUGGGGUGGCGUCCUCGUGCCGUGCCUGUGCCCUCGGUUCUGAACAGUUGGGCUCAUCGUGUGUCCCCUGCCCCCCAGGCCACUACAUUGAGAAAGAAACCAACCAGUGCAAGGAGUGUCCGCCUGACACCUACCUGUCCAUACAUCAGGUCUAUGGCAAGGAGGCUUGUAUUCUAUGUGGGCCUGGGAGUAGAAGCACUCAGGACCACUCAGUUUGCUACAGUGACUGCUUUUUCUACUAUGAAAAAGAAAAUCAGAGUUUGCACUAUGACUUCAGCAACCUCAGCAGUGUGGGCUCCUUAAUGAAUGGUCCCAGCUUUACCUCCAAAGGAACAAAAUACUUCCAUUUCUUCAAUAUCAGUCUAUGUGGGCAUGAGGGGAAGAAGUUGGCUCUCUGCACCAACAAUAUAACAGACUUCACAGUAAAGGAAAUGGUGGCAGGGUCAGAUGAUUACACGAACUUGGUAGGAGCAUUUGUAUGUCAGUCAACUAUUAUUCCUUCUGAAAGUAAGGGCUUCCGAGCAGCCUUAUCAUCACAGUCCAUCAUUCUGGCGGAUGUAUUUUUAGGAGUGACUGUUGAAACCACAUUGCAAAAUAUUAAUAUAAAAGAAGAUAUGUUCCCAGUUUCACCAAGCCAAAUACCAGAUGUGCAUUUCUUUUAUAAGUCUUCUACAACUACAACCUCUUGUGUUAAAGGCCGAUCAACUGCUGUGAAAAUGAGGUGUAAUCCUGCUAAACCGGGAGCUGGAACCAUUUCAGUACCCAGCAAGUGUCCAGCAGGUACCUGUGACGGAUGUACAUUCUAUUUCCUGUGGGAGAGUGCUGAAGCUUGCCCUCUGUGCACAGAGCAUGACUUCCAUGAGAUUGAGGGUGCCUGUAAGAGGGGAUUUCAGGAAACCUUAUACGUGUGGAAUGAACCUAAGUGGUGCAUUAAAGGAAUUUCUUUGCCUGAGAAAAAGUUGUCAACCUGCGAAACAGUUGACUUUUGGCUAAAAGUGGGAGCAGGUGUGGGAGCUUUUACAGCUGUUCUGCUGGUGGCUCUAACUUGCUACUUCUGGAAAAAAAAUCAGAAACUGGAGUACAAAUAUUCCAAAUUAGUAAUGACGACAAACUCAAAAGAGUGUGAACUCCCAGCUGCAGACAGCUGUGCUAUCAUGGAAGGAGAAGAUAAUGAAGAGGAAGUUGUAUAUUCCAAUAAACAGUCGCUACUGGGAAAACUCAAAUCCUUGGCAACAAAGGACAAAGAAGACCAUUUUGAAUCUGUUCAACUGAAAUCCUCAAGAUCUCCCAAUAUAUGAAAGACAGUGCUGUAGCCUUCAGACUAAUGAACAAAGAAACCUGCUCUCUAGUUUUACAGGACCAUAGUUUAGAGCCUGUCCUCGUAUCCAGCACAUUGGUGAUGUCACAGAGGAGGGCCAUGCCGCUGAAAAGGGAAGGAGGUUGAAAUGUUAGAUUGCCUUAUAACGUGGUCAAGUGUCUUGCCAAAAAUAAGAAAGCAAAUGUUUUGAGUCUCAACUGAAGAUGAAGCUCAACUCAGGAAGAGAUGUAUCUGUAUAUACAAAUAACUCAAAACCAAGGUUAAGCCCACGAGUGCACUGCUGAUGCAUGCCAUAGAAUUAAUGGGUAACUUUCCUUCUUUAUGAAUUCUAUAUAAAAAGUGUGUUUGGAGGGCUGAUGUGAGCAUAUGCAUUGUGAUCCCAUUUAUGUCUUGUCUUUGUUUAUAUUUUGGGGAACAAUUUGAAAAAAUUUUUAAGGUACAGUUAUUUUGUCCCAUUAUUUAUUUUCCUGACAGACCUUAAAACAUGUUUUCUAUUAAAAAUGGUGAACAAAGAAAGACAAUAGAUUUUUCAUUUUUCCAUAGGGUAUCCUUGUUGAUUUCAGAAGCCUAAGUAAGCAGUAAUUCUUAAUGAAGAGUCAGCAUGUGCUUGGGUUAUCUAACUUAUAAUCGCCUUUGAAAUUCCAUCCUUGUUGGAACUGGUAAGAAGGGCUUGACUGAAAGUGGGAUUCUUAAAAAAAAAAAAAAAAGGGAUAAGGAGAAGCCUUGACUUUCCACUGGUACAAACAAGCUGACACUAUUAUAAAAGUCAAAUGGCUUGAAACAAUUUAUGUAAUACUUGAAGUAUAAUUUAGAAUGAGUAGGAAAGCUUGUUUAUCAGAGCACUUGCAAAAUCAUGAGAAGAAAGUGGGCUGGCUUGUCUAUAAGUACAGACAACUGUACAAAGGUAUUGGGAUAAUUUCAUGGUCUCCAGAAAACGACAGUGGGACAUUUACCCUAUGUCAAGCAUCAAAGGUUAUAUGCUUAUUUUCCUGCCAAAGACUUUAAGGAUUAUGACUUCCAUGAAAGUUUUCUUUUUAAGUUAGCAGGGCAGGGAUUGAAUUUUAGAAAAUCGCAUAGAACUGUAUUCAGAAUAAGAAUGUGGUUGUGUCCCAUAAGCAGUUAUGAAAUAAGUGUUGUUGCUCUUAUUCAAAAAUGAUCCAGGUAACUGUCAUAUUUCCUAUGGUGGACGGGUUAUAUUGGUAUUAGUGCGACUUAAAUACUGUUGGUUGAAAGAAGUUUGAAUGAAGCUGGAUUUGACCAAUUUUGUGUAAAACUUAAUUGUUCUAGAAGUGGGAAAGAGGGGAGUUUCCUGACCAUUUAUAAUCUAAGGUGCUCUGGUUUGUUUCCAAUAAACAGUGAUCUUUAUAGGUUUUAAUCCAGAUUUUUUAAAAGCCUGGUGAUUGGCCGAGAGAGGCAGGGCAUAGGGGCAGGGUUUAUUGAAUGUUUUGCCCCAAGUCUGUCAAUGAGGUAUGACUUGUAACUUUUGAUUCAGCAGGUCAUCCUUAGUUUUGUGGCAAAUGAGAUAAAAAUAAAUAAUUGAAUUUAUUCGACUGGUGGGUAAAACACUGGACCAUUCUGUUAUUGUUGAGUGAAUGUUUGUUUUGUGUACAUCACUACUGUUGGAUUCGUGAGUAUAGGUGAGGUUGCCGUUGUUUUAUUGUUUGUUGUGAAAUUCACGGAGGGCAUUGCUUUACAUAAACGUCUUCCACGUUUAAUUUCUUAAAUUCUAUUAUAACGAAGAAAUUAUUUUGGCAUUGCUCAUGUUUAUCCUGCCAACAGUGCUGAUGCCCCUUUCCCCAUCUUGAUCAAAAUUUAAACAGAAGAAUGAAAAUACACUUGAAGUGCACCCUUUUAGAGGAACCCUGGCAAAGUCAUACAGACUGGACAGAGUCAGGAAGUUUCCGCGUAGUCACCUGUCACCUCUCUCUUCAUCUUUGCUGUGCUCAACAUGUACGUUCCAAGCCAUAGAGAUAAUUGGGAUUUGCUCCCAGGUAGCUUCUUUAUUCUCGUGUCACUGGACUAAAAUCUCUGACGUGUCAAAAAUGCCUUAAAUUUUAAUGAACUCUCUGAAAAUAUAGUUGGUAUUCAAGGAUAUAUUUAUUUUAUUUCUAAUUUUAGAUAUAAAAUAGAUUUUGGCAGCUCAGUCCCAUCUUUGGAAAGAGCUGACUUUUUCCUUUGGAUCCCAGUGGGUUGUCAUUUUAUUCCAAGCACUGAAGAAGUAUGACAGAAGGAAUAUUGUGAGGAAAAUAUUCAGAUCAAUCCUGGCUAUAGAACUCACUUUAAUUUUAUGUCUUGCCUUUGCAGAUCUCAGUGGAAUGUUGAAAGGCAUAAACAAAUUAAUCACGUUUCUAUGAUUUUUAGCUGACAGUUGUUAUUUCCUUUCCCCUCUAAGUGGUAGAAGUUAUUUGUUAUUUUUCUAAAAGGCAGUUUUGAAGGCUUAAAUACUCCAUUAAGUCAGCUGUUACCUAUAAUAUCUCUUAGCGCUCUGUCAAAACAUUUAAAUCAGCUUUCCACUGAAUGAGAUUAUGUCUUCUAUGGAUAAAUUAUAUCAUGCCAUUUAACAAUGUUGAGCAAUUUGAUAUGUGUUCACUUGAUUUAAAAGAUUGGAUUCUAUUCUUGUUGACUUUUCCCCUCUUUGGUUACCAGUGAUCAAGUCCUUUCCAGGAUUAAAAAUCUUUCAUAGUAUUUUUGUGUAGAUCUUUGUCAUUAUUUUCUUCCCCAGGAGAGAAAAGGUGGUUUAAAUGGUUAUGUUGAACAAUUGCUUGGGUCUAGUCAUUUACCAUUUGGGGUCUCCAGGUUCCCAGGUGGUGGGUCAUCGAUUGACUCUAGUUCUUCAAGACAGAACCUGGUCAACUGUCAUCUGACAUGUGUCAGUAGAGCUACUUCCUGUGACUCGUGGUCAUUCCUAAUGGGAGGCUAAUAUGCAGAUCGUUUCUCUCUUCCUAACGAAAGUAAAUUUCCUGGGAGUCGUGGUGGGAAGAUGAUUUUAUUGGCAAGUUUAUUUUAUUGAUUGAUUUAUUUUUAGGUCUGCAUGAGUGGUAUUUAAUCAGCUUUACUGAGGAAUGAUAUACAAACAAUAAACUCCAUCCAUUAAACAUG